CCUGGGAACAUCUGUUUGUUUUAGGUAGUGUUUGGUUGUCGAUUUAAAAAUUUUCGAUUUUGAUUUUACUUUUAUAUUUUUAUUUAUUUAUGUAUGAAAAUUCUAAAAGCGUAACACAAUUACAAACAAAAUGUUACCAACAAAUCGUGCAAGUCCUGCUGCGUUUAAUUCAUCCCCACAAUCAACAGAAACUCUAAACAAAUCUUCAGAUGAAAUUUUAUUUGAAACCCUUAUGAAGGAUCCUAUAAAAAAGGCUUUUCUGCUGAAUAUCUUAUCACAAGAAAAGGAAAAUAUACAAAGAUAUAAACGGCGGGACGAAAUGGUUAAUAAAACUCCCGUUAAGGUGCAAUCACAGAAAUAUUGUGAGAGUCCCACCGCCUUGCUACGACGUAGAGCUUUACAAAGGAACCGUGACAGCGAUUCUAGCUCGACACGUUCACCUCCCACACCUUCGACGCCUGUUGACUUUGGUGAGCUACUCAAAGGUGUGGUCGCAUACGUAGAAAUUCGUAGCAAAGGUGAAGAUCGGUCAGCUGGUGCAAAGAUGCUGAUGCAAUCGAUGGGUGCUACUGUUUUGGACGUUUUGAAUAGAAAGGUUACACAUGUCGUGUUUAAAGACGGGUCUUUCGGUACAUAUCAAAAGGCGAAGUUGUUGAAGGUGCAUCUCGUAUCAGUCUUAUGGUUGGAGGCCAUACGGAAAAGCAAUAUCCGUGUGUCUGAGCGGAACUACCCAGCUUUAGGUACAGAUUCGUACGACAUCAAUGUUUCGGCCCUCUACCAGGAUUACGAAAACGUUGUAAGAGACGAGCAACGCCGUAGUCUCGCGGCAGGCAGUCAACGAAGCGCGUUUGCCUCACAAAAAAGGAGCCGAUUAACAAUGCUGCCUAGUGAGCUUUAUUCGACCAAUCGCGAAAGUGUUCGCCUCAGAGAAAGAAUGUCGGAUAUCGUUCGUUCUAGUCAGGAGUACGAAACGGAAUCCAUUAUAUCCUUUAAAGGUCCCCUCAGUAAUGAACCACCGGAUAGCGCAACACUUUUGGGUCGCGGUGAAGAAAACAUUAUCGAAAUGACUUCUGAUGAUGAUUCCGAGGUCGGAAUGAUUAAUGGCCAUUCAAUGAGCCAAGUAAGAGAUUCCGCCAUUCUGGAUUUGGAUGCACAACUAAGUCAGCAUCCGGAACAAGAUCGGUCAAACUCGACCGGUAAUAGAAUUUCGAAAUCGCUAUCUACGCCAUCUGAAUCUUUGCUGUCCAGAAAAUCUUUGUCAAAGACCAAUGAUAUGAUAGUCGAGAUGAAGUUAACAGCAAAUCGUUCGGUGUCUUUAGAUGAAGAAAGUACUCGUUCAAAUGGUUCAAGACAGUCUUGCAGAAGCCUUCCUCUGCCACAACUUACAUUGCCUAGUGUAGCACGUAGGACUAAAAGUAGUGAAACUAUGCCGAGUCUACGAAUAUCAGGAGACAGUGUACCUACUCAGCCCAACAUGCCUCCACUUAGGAUAUCAGAAACCGAAUCAGAUACUAGAAGAACUCGUUCCUCAGCCGACAAAGUCGAUAUGGCUCCACUACGCAUCUCUACAGAGUCCGAAUUAAACAAUAAUACUGGCAGUGAGUCAAGUACAAAAAAAAGAAAUACUCAUAGAGUGAGUCAAGUAGUCCCUAAUAGCCCGUCAAGUACAAAGCGUAAACUUUCAGAUAGGUCAGAUGAAAAUAAUGUGCCUUUAAACUCCGAUCUGAAUAAAAGCGGAAGUACUGUUGACGAUGGUAAUCCGCCUAGUCAAACGGAAUCGGUCGGUAGCAAGAAAUUACGGCGCAAACUUUUUAAUCUGAAUCAAGCUAUCGACCCCGCCACGCAGUCGCUUGAAGUUGUAGAGGAUCAACCGCAACCUCAACCUGCCCUAAAUACCAAAAUACUUGUAGUACCUCUCCCGCGCAUGUCUUUCGAUGCCAUCGGUGGAUUCGUAAAACCUUCAAAAAACAUUGUCGUCUUUCCGAUAAGAAAGAAGAGGAGGUAUCUUGCGAACAAGAAGUUACGCAAUGGUUUAAAGUCUACGAAAAAGGUAUUGACGAAUGCGAAACCGACUAAAAAGAAUGAGUCCGUUGAUGAGUACGACCCGGUUUCUACCCAACAAUUAAAAUCAUCGAAGGAUGCACCCGAUCGAAGACACAGUACAAGAAUUGAAAACGCCAAAACCCCAAGAACCGAUCAAUCAGACAAAGAAGAAAUCGUCACAACGUCCGACGAUCAGGCCGAAAGCCCCGCGAAGCGGCGGUGCACUAUCAGAAUUAACGCUUCGCAAUCGCACAUCUCGUCCCAGUUGCAGAAUCGGCGAAGCACGGGCGAAUUUCUCGCUCAUUCUAGUACUAAAACGCAACGAUCUCAAAAGGCAAAGGCGGGCAAACCAAGCAUCGUCUGCACGCGUCUGCAUAGGUCCGACGUUCAAAUGUUCAUGCAGAUAGUUCGGAAGUUAGGCGUAUUUUUGGUCGAGGAUGAGGUUAGCAAGAAAACUACACAUUUGGUUGUCGGAGAGUGUAAAAGGACCGUUAAUUUAUUAAGGGCGUUAUGUAGGGGAUGUUGGAUACUUACGCAUGAGUGGCUCCUACGAUCUCUUGAAGCCGGGAAAUGGCUUCCCGAGGAAGAUUACGAACUGACAGAUUUUUCCUCGGCCGUCCAACAAUGUCGCCGCGAGAGGCAGGUCUUUGGUAAGUUGUACUGCAUGGACAUUUUUACCGAUUGCGGUGCGAUGUACGUGUCCCGCAAUUCGACGCCAAGAAGGUCCGAUCUGGAGGAGUUAAUUCGACUGUGUAAUGGGACGGUGGCGAAAGAAAUUUAUCACGCGAAGAUUAUUGUGGGGGAUUGGGUGAGGAGUGAUGAGAUUACCUGCGUUAAUGAAAAGUGGAUUUUGGACUCGAUCACGUUUAAUAAAAAAAAAUCUUUUAAGAAUUAUUUAUUUAAAUUUCCAAAAUGACUGUAUGCUUCCAAAAUAAUGUGCCUUAUUUCUACUGCCAUUAAAUACAACUGUUGCAUAUA